AUAUCCAUACGCAGGAACACCGUGUAUAUAAAUCCGCAUGAAUAUGAUUUCUUCACAGACACUCGGAUCGUACCAACGUGAAACAUACACGAUGGGGUCUCAUGUAGCACGGCAAUUUUCCGAAGUUGACAAGCUUCGCACUGAACUGCUGAACAAUGUCGAUGUAAUCACAGAGUUCCAGCGUGUUGAAGAAGAAGUCAGCCACAGGGAAAUCUUGACCCGCAUUGAAAGCGUCAUCCUUGAAGUAGUGACGAGUCUUUCCAAAGACGAGGCCCCGGUCCUGGCACUGCCCAGCAGAUCCAGCUGGGCCAACAUCAGCUUCGACAGCGCCGUCGGGCUUCAAAUGUGCCCAGGAAGCUCCGUCAGCGCCGUGAGGAGCGACUGUCCUUCGUCUGCCACUAAAUUUGCGCAAAUUGUCAAGCUUUUCCUGGUCAUCUAUAAACUUGUGCAGAGCAACUCGUUUGCCACCAAAAGAGACAUCUAUUACAACAACGCACAGCUGUUUGGCUCUCAGAAGGCCGUUGAUGGUUUAGUGGAUGAUAUUUCCUGCAUGUUAAAGGUCUCUCGCCGAUCACUACAUGUGUUGGCCACGUCGAAGGGAUUCAUCUCCGGUGACCUGUGUUACAUGGAGGAGGACGGCACGCGGAUCGACUGCCGCUCCACCUCCGCCGCGGUUUCAGUUUCCUCUAACAUUCGCGGGAUUAAAAAUAUCGUAUCGUCUGCUAAAUUCGUCCUGAUCGUUGAGAAGGACGCAACGUUCCAGAGACUACUGGACGACGACUUCUGCACCAAGAUGUCUCCCUGUAUCAUAAUCACAGGUAAAGGCGUGCCAGACGUGAACAGCCGCUUGAUGGUGAGGAAGCUCUGGGACGCGCUGCACGUCCCCGUCUUCGCUCUGGUGGACGCCGACCCUCACGGGAUCGAGAUCAUGUGUAUCUACAAGUACGGAUCCGUGGCGAUGGCGUUUGAGGCCCACAGCCUGACCGUCCCCAGCGUUAUGUGGCUGGGCCUCCUCCCCUCUGACCUCCAGAGGCUGCGGGUUCCCAAGGACGCCCUGAUCCCCCUCACCCGGAGAGAUGAGAGCAAACUGUGCAGCCUCCUCGGGAGGCCGUACGUUACCGGCAAACCCCAGUGGCAGAAAGAGAUGGAACUGAUGCAGCAGAGUAAGGUCAAGGCCGAAAUCCAGUCCCUCGCAGCCAUAGCUCCAGAUUUCCUCACCAGCAUCUACCUGCCCAACAAGCUGCGCUACGGGGGCUGGGUGUGAGCCCCCAUGCCGCCACUCAGUGGAAGAAAGAGGGAACUGCUAAAUUAAAAAAUAAAAGCAAGCUUGCCUCUAAACUAAAGACAGAUCUUUGAUUUAACCGUGAAUAUGUUUGUAAUGUUGAACAACCUUUUCUUUUAUGAUUGUGACAUGUCUGGUCGUCAUUAAAAAGUCACAAUCCGUUUGUUCUUUUAUUUUCUCGUUUGGAUUCUAAAGAUGUGGAUUGUUCUUUACAAAUGGAGUCAAUAAGCUUGUAAUUGUUUCAGCGUCGCUUUACACGAUUUACAACCACAGAACUCGGCUGUGGUUGUCGGUGCGGAGACGCCUUGUGAGCGGAUUACGUUGAUUUACUGCUUUUGGAAUUGGAGGCUUUAUUAAUUCUCAACAUAAGAGAUUUCUUUAUACAAUCUCCUCCAGUAGGUGGAGGCAAUGUUCAUUUCUGUAUUCAUGCUUCCUCUUAAUACAUAACUGUUACAGUAAAAAUAACUACACAAGGGUUGAUCACCAUGUUUGGUAAUAAAAAUGAAUGCUGAAAACA